CCGCGCAGCUCGGAGAGAUGCUGAAAGUGCGAGUGAACAAACGCUACUCGGUGCUGUGCACGGCGGUGCUCAGCCAGACACUGCUCUAUCUCCAGGAACAGUAUGGCACUCCAUUGACACCGGAGCAGUUGCAGGAGGAAUGUGAUGAAGCUAAGCAUGAGCAAAUGCGGGACAUGUCAUUGCCGCCGCCGGCACAGCAAGCGACAGGCUGCCACGGUGCGCUGCGAACAGGCGGUAAAAAGCGCAAGGCUGCCGGGAAGCCCCGCUGUCUGCCGUUGCCGACUGAACUGCUCCUUGAGGUCUUCCAGUCGCUGGACUCCAUCGAGCGCAUUCGCUGCCGGCGUGUCUGCCACGCGUGGAAUAGCAUCCUCACCACUGCAACCUACUUUCCCGACGUCCGCGUCUCUGGCCAGGCCGGUUAUUAUGAGGAUUUCUCCUGGGACGGGACCUACUGGAUGCUGGCCUGCUUGUUCAAGUGCAUUACCAGCGCCACCAAGAUGGUGGUGAUCAGCAAUCUGGACCGCAAUGGUUUUUGGCACGUGGCGGUUCCCAUUAAGCGCGUCUUCAACGAACACCGGCAAAUCCCGCUGGUGGUGUUGUACAAGUGCGAGCUGGACGAAGAUUAUGAAGGGGUCCCGGAUCUAAUUGAGCGUUUGGCUUACAAGGUGUGGAACUGCUCGUGUGCGAGAAUGAUAUGGAGCGGGGGCUGCAUUUACUACGACGGGCGGACCGUUGGUGUGGGCCAGCGUAUGUUUACUAUCCGAUCGCGGGCCGACGCUGAGGUGCAGAUGUGGGAUCUCCUUGAGAAUCUGCAGGCUGCCAAGGAACCGCUCAGUGUGCAAGCUGUGUCCGAAUGGAUCGCGGACUGCUUGGCCCACCAGCGUUCCACAGAGAUUGGCGAAGUUUUAUGGAGGCUGAACGAGUACCAGAGUCCGGAUCCGCGCCCGACUUCUCAGUAUCGCGGUGUGAAGUGGACCGUGUCCAACAUCGCGGAUCUGGAUGUCAGCAAGCUGUCCACACUGACCGUGACGGUUUUGAGCGAUUCCAUCAAACCCGACCCGGUCACAAAUGCUGUUCAAAGGUGUCCGUGUCGUUUAGUGACGUCGGCGAUGUUUUGACUUUUGCUAGUCGCCACAUGUUAGAACGCAAGAGCGGUCAUUCGUUUUUGUGAGAGAAACUUGUU